AUUAGCUGGAUCAGGUGUGUUUAAUUAAGGCUGAAGAUAAACUCUGCAGAGCUAUGGCACUCCAAAAUUGAAACUGAGUUGAGUAUGUAUUAUUAAGUUUUAUUUUCACUUAAGCAUUACUGCUCCACACUCCAGUAAUGCACUAAUGAGCUAGUCUGCCAACCACCAUAAAACAACAGAAGAAGAAGGAACCUCUAGCCCUAAUCUAAUAGCUCUUCUCUCAUAUAAGAUCUACUAAACAUUCAAUCAUUUUAUUCUUCAGACCUGAAGCAUGAUGUUGAUGCCAGUGGCUUCAUUUUUCUGUCUGCUCUUUCUGACACCAGCGGCUACUGAAGUGGGCCUCGGUGGUAAAGUGCUUCUGUUUCCAACCAAGACUCACACCAGCUUUGUUAAACUCACUCCUGAAAAGCCACUGAGUCUUUCAGCAUUCACACUCUGCAUGCGUGUCGCGACAGAGCUCCAGGACCAGAGGGAGAUUAUUCUGUUCACUUACCGCACACACGAGGUUGAUGAACUCAACGUGUGGAGACGUAAAGAUGGUUUUCUGGGCUUGAUUAUUCAGUCUAAUGGCGAUGAAGCUUUUUUCCACCUGCCUCCUCUCUCCACCUUCCAGACUCACCUGUGUGUCACCUGGGACUCUGCGACUGGUCUCACUGCCUUAUGGGUGGAUGGACAUCGCAGUGUGUUCCAGAUCUAUAGAAAAGGUCUCUCAGUCCGUCCAGGUGGCACCGUGCUGCUUGGCCAAGAUGCUGAUAAAUAUCUGGGUGCCUUUGAUGCGGAGCAGAGUUUUGUAGGAGAAAUUACAGAUGUGCAAAUGUGGAAUCAUGUUCUCUCUGGCAGUCAGAUUAGGGCAGUUUAUUCAAACCAGGAACCGUAUGUGCCGAAGGGAAACGUGUUCAACUGGAACACCAUCAAAUAUGAGAUUAAUGGAAAUGUGGUGGUGGUGCAAGAUAACUGAUUCUGAUCAGGUGUAACCUCUCAUACUGCCUCAUCCACACAGUUGUCAAUUUCUAUAAUCUAUUUGUGUUUUAAUUUACAAAGCUGUAAGUGCUAAUAAUUCACAAAAGUAACCAGUAAAAGCUCUCCACAUUACAACAGUGUCUGCUCAUAUUUUUGAAUUAUUAUUUUGUGUAUGUGGAAAAUUAGACAAAUUUAUCCAGAGACGGUGCUUUAUUGUGUGUAAGCGAUUUACAUCACUCAUGUUAUCUCUUGGUUGUAAUGCCAUUUCUAUCACAACCAUAGACUGUAUAUAAA